GAUACAAACGAGUACCCCGCGACAGAAUCUCCAAACUGCACCGAGAGUCAAAGGGCUUUGACUUUUCCAGGAAAGGCGACGCUGUUCACCGCUGAAGCUUUUACAGUGCAUCUUCGUUCGCCUUCAAAGCCUUGUUUUUUUGCCGAAUCAAGCUCGAGAGAGAGAGAGAGAGAGAUGCUUCUGCGACGAGCAGCUAAUUUUGUCCGUCGAAUUCGUCCUCCUCCCCGAUCACCAUUCACCGACCCAUUGGCUCUUCCAAUUCCAAAAUGUGGUAGGCCCCGCGAGGGUUCGCAUAUGUUCCAAUUGGGUGGCGAUGCAUGGCGAAAGGAUCGCGAGGAGUUCCCUUGGUGGGUUGUUGUGGCUGUUCAAGCUGCAAUAUUUCUUGGGACAAGUUCAAAUCCAGCUGUUGCAGAUGGGGUGUCAAUUGAGUCAAACUCUGAAAAUAAUGCAGAAGCUGCUGAAAUUGUUGGACUUCGUAGGAUUGAUGACGGUUCAGUUGUAUCGAAUAUUCAUACGACCAAGUGGAGAGUAUUCACUGAUAAUGGGAGAGAUUCAUUUCUCCAGGGUAAACUGGAGCAAGCUGAAAGAUUCUUCCUUUCUGCACUGCAAGAAGCUAAAGAAGGGUUUGGAGAGAGGGACCCGCAUGUGGCAUCCUCAUGCAACAAUCUCGCAGAGCUUUAUAGGGUUAUGAAGGCAUUUGAUAAAGCUGAGCCACUGUACUUGGAGGCAGUCAAUAUUCUUGAAGAGUCAUUUGGUCCUCAGGAUAUACGAGUUGGAGUUGCCUUUCACAAUCUUGGCCAGUUUUAUCUUGCACAGCGGAAGUUAGAAGAAGCUCAAAUCUACUAUGAGAGAGCUCUGAAGAUAAAAGGGAGAGUGUUGGGGUAUGGUCAUCCAGACUAUGCAGAUACCAUGUAUCAUCUGGGAAUGGUGCUACAUCUACAAGGAAAAGAAAAGGAAUCAGAUGCUCUUAUCCUCGAUUCAAUCAGGAUUUUGGAGGAAGCUGGUCAAGGAGAAUCUAUGGUAUGCUUGAAGAGGUUGCGUCAUCUAGCUCAGAUGUAUCUAAAGUCCAGUCGUUUUGAGGAUGCUGAGAAUCUGCAGAGAAAGAUUCUUCAUAUGUUGGAGUUGUCCAAGGGAUGGGAUUCUGUGGAGACUGUCCUGGCUGCUGAAGGACUUGCCCUGACUCUACAGGCAGCUGGAAAGUUGAGGGAAGCACAAGAACUUCUCGAAAGGUGUCUGGAAGCAAGGAAGAUUUUGCUGACAGAAAGCCACAUACAGGUUGCAGCCAACAUGCUUCACUUGGCUAGGGUGGGAAUGCUAAUUUCCAAUCAGUCAAGGAAGAGAAAUCCAGCAGAAGCAAUUGUUGAGCUAGACAAGGCAAAAGGUUUCCUAGACAACUCGAUAAGAAUAGCGAGGGAAGUACUUAACAAAUCAGUGAAGCAGGGAGGUCAAUGGAGAAAUGGAAAUUCUGCAGAGAGUGGAAACAAGGGACGCAUAGCAAUGAUCGUACUACUGCAGUCAUUUGAUUCAUUAGGGCUUCUGGGCCUUACCAAGGAAGAAUUGCAAGAGUCAAGGGAUGAAAACUCACAUCUUGUUGAAGCUGAAGACGCCCUUUUACAAUGCAUGUCUUCUUACAAAGAGUUCGCUAGUGAGAGGUCGGUCUCUGGUUUUGCUGAGGUGAAGGUUGAGUAUCUCUCAUGUUUAAAGCAUCUAGCAAGCUUGAUUGGGGAAAUCACUCAGCAAGGGAUGCAGCAUUCUCAAAAAGUCACUACGCGUGAGCUGAACUACGAAAUUAGUCAAGUUGAAAAGGAAAUUUCUCAAAUGAGGAGACAUAAGAAGUAGACUGGAGCUUCUUAAUGCUGGAUCUGGAGUUACUCUGUUGAAGAAUUUAAGUGCAGGAACACUAAUUUAUUUUUUGGAAAGGGAACAUAAAUUGAUUAAUCAACAUCAAGAUGGAACUCUGCGGCUUCUGAGGUUGAUCUGGUUCUGAUAGAGCAAUAAAUUGGUGAUCAUCACAACCAGUGAGCUUCCGUAAGAUUACUGAAGACAUUGCAGAACAAAGUGGUAUACCAUUAGGGAUAUCGUGCCUUUUUUGUCUUGAUGAUCCUCUCAUAUUUAGUGGAGAAGUUCAUUGAGAUGCUAAGGUACUUAGAUGCUUGGAGGUUGCUCGGAAGUUGUUUUUCAAGGCAGCGCAUAGAGAUAUGUGGAGUCACUGAGAUCUUAGAAGGUUCAGGAAGUCUUGUUAUUUCGUGUGCCUGCUAUUUAGGUGGGCUCUGGGAGGCUGUACGUCCUAUGUUAAACGUAGGCAAUGAGGUUUCGUAUCUAGUUGCUUGGCUAUUCAAUUUCCACAUUGCAGAGAGUUUAGUUAGCUACGCAUUUCAUAGUUUCUUGGCAUUCAACAGUCUUCGAGUUGAUGAGGGAUGGUUAAAUGCCAACUUUUUGUUGUUUGAUCGGUUCCCAGUUGUUUCACUCAAAAUUGGACUGCUGCUAUUU